GAGCUGCGCUCUGAGAUGCUGGAGAUGAGGGACAUAUACAUGGAGGAGGAUGUGUACCAGCUGCAGGAGCUCAGGCAGCAGCUGGACCAGGCCAACAAAAACUGCCGCAUCCUGCAGUACCGACUCCGCAAGGCUGAGAGACGCAGCCUGCGAGUCGCUCAGACCGGCCAUGUGGACGGGGAACUUAUCCGCACUCUGGAGCACGAUGUCAGGGUAGCAAAAAGCGUGUCCCUUCGGCUGCACAGUGAGUUGGAGGCCAUGCAGAAGAAGAGCUCUCGGUUGGAGUGGGAGAAUGAGGAGCUGCGGGAGCGGCUGCAGGAUCUGGAGGUGGCCAAGCAGGUCCUGCAGACAGAGAUAGACAAAUCUAGAGAGAAUUCUCUUAAGAGGAGAUCGAGUUUGAGAUCAACAGCCAGCAAGAAUGAAAAGAGGCUCUCUCCACAGGAAGACAGUGCAGAUCUGAAAUGCCAGCUCCAUUUCGCUAAAGAAGAGUCAGCACUCAUGUGCAAGAAGCUGACCAAGAUGGCUGUGGAGUGCGAGAGCAUGCGAGAGGAGUUAGCCAAGUACAGGCUGCUUUACGGUGACGUGGAUUCGUCUCAGGCUGCUGCAGGCACCACUACCUCCGCCCACACCCGCGAAGCAGAAGUCAAAGUUCAUCUGCGACUGGUGGAAGAAGAGGCCACGCUGCUUAGCCGGCGGAUCGUGGAGCUGGAGGUGGAGAACCGGGGGCUGCGGGCGGAGAUGAGUGAAAUGCGGGAAAGAGCUGGAGGUGGCCAAGAGGAUGAAGAUGAAGUGAUGGAAGGAGGAGGGGAGCGUCUGGCUAUGUCUGUCUGUGUGGGAGUAGGAGUGAAUGCCGAUGAAAUGGUGUGUAGUGGACAUCCAAGGUUUGAGGAGACAAAUGGAUCAGAGGACCGUCCACUAAGCCAGAUCCUCAGAGAGGGGCCAGUAGGUGGAGAAAGGGACCCACUCGAAGACCAAGAGAAGUCUGCUGAAAAUACAGAGUGUGCUAAACAAGCCCGGUCUGAGUCAGACUGCAGUGUCAGCCUGAAGGACUUAGAGGUCCUCCUUGCAAUCCGUGAUCAAGCUAUGCUAGUUACGUCAACCAUCCAAUUGCUAACAGGCCAAACAAAAAAUGGACUCGCACCAACAUCUAACCAUAACUUAAUCUCUGACACCCCUUACCUCAGCAAAAAAGAAGUUGAGUGGAGGGCCCACCCAUGGCUUCUGGACCCCAUGUUAAGCCCUCUAACCAGUGGAUUAGAGGUGCUACAGGCCCAGUUAUGUGCCCUAGUUGCAAGAUUAGAAGUUCUCGUGAGUUCAGCACCCACUGAACAUGAAUCAAAAUGCUUGAUUUCAGAAACUGGUGACGAUACAAAUACAGAAAAGGUGCUGGAGACAGACAAACAAGAAUCACAGAAAAGUCCUACUGAUGACUGCCAUUCAAGCAGCAGCCAGGGACACACCUGUGACCAGGACAGUAUGGAGCUGCUCACACUGCAACUACGCUGGUUCCUCCAGCAAUGGCGUCAAGGGGAGAGACCCACUGGAGAGAGCAAGAGCCUGUUUGAGAUGGACUUUCACAAAGAUCUUUAUCUUCAAAUGGAAGCAGAGUUACAGGAAUCCAGCAAAAUCUGCACCUCAUCUGUAGAGAAUAACCCUCAUGAAAAGUGCAACAGACAGGUGACCAGCGCUCUCCUCUCAGAUCUGAGGGCUGCGCUGCAGGAUUUAGGCUUCGAGUUGCAGGAGGAGUACUGGGCUGGCCAGCGCAUUGCACAGCAGUUUGCACAAGCUAAAGCAGCAUGGAUAGUGGAGUGUACAGAACUCAAGAGCCUCGUAAGCAGGCUGGAGGGUACAUCUGGAAGAGUAGGAGCAAAGGGUUCUCCUGACCUGAAGAUGGCAUUGCAGAAAGAUCAUGUUGAGAAGCUUCAGCAUCUUUUAGCUGAGUCUUAUGCUGCAGUCAUGGAUUUGACACGACAACUUAAGGUGUGUGAGCGUAACUGGAAUUGUGAGAGGAAGGAGCUUCUAAAACACUUGAGCCAGGCUCGUCUGGACUGGGAUAAGCAAAACAAGACCGCCCAGUCCCAUGGGUUCAAGACACCACAGAAAGAAGAAGAAACCAAGAGGAUAAAUCUCAAAGCUGGCCAAUCAGCACGGAUAUCUAACAAGAACUGGUUAUACCUCAGUCGAGAGGCAGCUCUUAUGGACAGGGAAGACCCAUGUAAGACCUGGGACUGUCCCAUCAUGCCCCCCAGCUUCCCUGGUCUGAACCAAAAGCAGGAAGCAGCUCAGAAAAGCCACACAGCUCCAGAGAGAACUGCGCUGAGGAUAUACUACAGCCCUCCAUCAGCACGCAGAAUCCAUCUAAGCGCUGUGACAAUAGAAGAUCAGGAUGAGUGCGAGGAGCUUCAGGAGAGGCAAGAACAAACCUGCCACCUGUCUUCAACUCAACAGAUCAAUGGAGAUUCAGCCACACUCUAUGAAAGCUGGCUUGGUACACUGCCACUAGAGUGCCACAGUGCAAUAGAGCGGGAUCCCAUUGCUGCCAUUCGAUCCAGUUCUUCUGGUUUCCAGCCUCAUGGAAUUUCAUCUCCAUCUUGCUUGCCUUUCGCUUUGGAGGUUUCAGCCAACAUGAGUGAUGACAUGAAGGAAAUGACAGCUAGUGUGCUGCAGUCUUCCCAUCCCAGCACUCCAGAAAGGAGGAGAGGAAGGGAUUCAGGAAGCCAUAUAGUGGCAGUGAUCAGCACAGGAACCCAAACACAUACCCAACCACAGAUGAACAGCGUCGGCCUCCAGACUGAGGGCCCUCGGAAUGCAUAUGCAGGAAAACACUGGUCACCUAGGGUCACCUCAUUUGUAUCUGGCCGUACCCAGCCGAUCUCAGCUUCCCUGGAGAGGAUGCCUGGGCCUUCAGAGAGGCUCCCUCCUUGUUCUAUCUCACCCAAACUCCAGCGAAGACACUCCGCCUCCUCCCCUUUUUCCUCCUCGUCUUCUUCUUCCAACUCUUCCAACUCCUCUUCUUCCUUUACCUCAUCUACCCUGUCCUCCUCAUCAUCUCUGACCGUUUCCUCCAGGCUGGAGACCUCUAAAGAGCGUGGUUUAUGGAGCCUUUCUCAAUCCCCUUCUGGUUCCUCAGCCUGGGGUCGCUCCAGUACCACAAGACCCAACUCAGCGUCUGGGGGAGGCAGCGAUAAGCCCACUGGCCGCAAAUCUGCAAGAAUCCACAAGUAUGGCCUGGUUCAAGAGUUUUUUCGCAAUGUGUGUGGCCGCGGAGAGAAACCCAGCCCAGGAGGAGAGAAAGCACCAGUGGUACGUAGGGAUCACGUCAGUUCAGCAAGAUUAAAGAAAACAGAAGGGCCUCCUUCUCGGAUUCCCGCUGUGCCGCUGGUCAGGAGCGACAGUGUAACCAAAAUUGUUAAUCGCAGGUUUAUGAAACCAGGUCAAAAGGAUGAGCCAGGGCCUGGCCAGACACAGGGUCAGAGUCAAAACCAGGCCAACAAGACGCCCUUCAGUAAGGACAAAGGCCUUGGUCCUGUUACUCUGGAGGACGGCUCCUGUGACUGCAGCUCUAGAACUCUGGCCUCCUGCUUUGCUCGAGCAUCACGCACCAACGUUCGCCAUGCCCACGGCCACUGCAAACUCCGUCCACAUGACUGCCCCACAGCAGCUGGUGGGAAAGGAGAUCCACUUCCCCAGUGAGAGGCGGAGUCACCCUGCAUUCUGAUGCCACCACCACCAGACCAGCUGACAGGAUUC